GAACCCAUUGUAUUUUAUCGUAUAUAACACACAUUUUAUAGAAUUAAAUUGAGCGCUACUGCAUAAGUUUUCUUACACAUCAGUUAUAGUGCAAAUAAAAACUUAAUAUAGAACAUUCAAACAACAUUCAAAGUAAAAUUACUUACGAUCCUUAGUUAUCGGAAUAUAGUAUAAAAAGCGGUAAAUGUAGUAUAGUGGGUAACUUUGGUCUUGCUAUUCCAUCGGGGUCAUUUUUUGUUAGAUUUUGUUAAAAAAAUUAUAAAAAAACUAGACAUGUUAUUAUAUCAAUCAUCACUCUCAAUAUUUCUAUUAGCCUUAGAUGAUAUCAAUGAUUGAUUUAAAAGACAAAUAACUAAAAAAUAAUAAUUUCAUAAUAGUUUAUUAGACUUUACUCAAAAUUAAAAAUAAGGGAAUUGACAACUGACGUUUUUAACUUUGGUCUAUUCACCUAUAACCUUGUAAGAUCGAUGAUUUAGACUGCAGUGGCAGUGAUAAUAGAUUAGGAAGGAAUGGGCAAAUAGAAUAAAGUUAAUAAAUUUGUUUUUAAAUUGUUUUUGAUAAUUGAAGUAAACAAGAACUAUUAAACGAUUAAUUUUAACAUUUGUGACCAGAUAAUAUGAUGCUUCGAUAAAGUAUCAAGAUUUCGAAACUAGUACAAAUUGUGUUUAAUAUACGGCCAUGUUUCUUAGUGUGAAAAGUGUACUACAGUAUUAGUAAGUGAAAAACUUGAAUCAAACCCAUAGUUUCAAGCUUAGGUAGUUGAUGGACACUCUACGUAAAAAUGGAUUCGAAUGAUAGGGCACUUAGCAUCGACCCGAAUCUUUCUAUGGGUACUUUAGGACCGCAAUCUCCGCUAGAAAUCAAACCAGACGCAUCUACGUUAAACCAAUUUAGCCCUCAAGGACCAAACAGUCCGGGAUCUUUCAACCUUGGCCAUGGUAAUUUACUGAGUCCCGCAGGAUCACAGAAAGCUAACUCGCCAUAUCCUCCCAACCAUCCCUUAAGCGGUUCUAAACACUUGUGUUCAAUAUGUGGAGAUAGAGCUAGUGGGAAACAUUACGGAGUGUACAGUUGCGAAGGAUGUAAAGGAUUUUUCAAAAGAACUGUGAGGAAGGAUUUAUCGUAUGCCUGUAGGGAAGAAAAAAAUUGUAUAAUCGAUAAAAGACAAAGAAACAGGUGUCAGUAUUGUCGAUAUCAAAAAUGUCUUGCAAUGGGCAUGAAGAGAGAGGCUGUGCAGGAAGAAAGACAAAGAACAAAAGAUAGAGAUACAUCGGAAGUAGAAUCCACUUCAAAUAUUCAAACAGAGAUGCCUAUAGAAAGGCUCCUAGAAGCAGAAAGAAGAGUUGAGGCUAACGAUCCGGCCGGUUCACUUGAUAAUACGAAUAUCUGUCAAGCUACAAAUAAGCAACUAUUGCAACUAGUCGAAUGGGCCAAACUUAUACCACACUUUACCUUACUUCCAGUUUCAGAUCAAGUGCUGUUGUUACGAGCGGGAUGGAAUGAACUUUUGAUAGCCGCGUUUUCCCACAGAUCUAUACAAGCUCAAGAAGGGAUCGUUUUAGCUACAGGACUUAUAGUUAAUAAGACAACUGCUCAUUCCGUAGGGGUUGGUAAUAUCUACGAUAGGGUAUUAUCAGAACUUGUAAAUAAAAUGAAAGAAAUGAAAAUGGACAAAACAGAAUUGGGAUGUCUUAGAGCCAUAAUACUUUACAAUCCUGACGUACGUGGUUUGAAAUCAGUACAAGAAGUAGAAAUAUUAAGAGAGAAAAUUUAUGGUGUACUGGAGGAAUAUACUCGUACCACACAUCCAAACGAACCUGGAAGGUUUGCAAAACUAUUACUUCGUUUACCAGCACUGAGAUCGAUAGGACUUAAAUGUUUGGAACAUUUAUUCUUCUUCAGGCUAAUUGGAGAAGUAUCUAUCGAUACUUUUUUAAUGGAAAUGCUGGAAAAUACUUCGGAUUUAUAAAUACUAUGUUAACAGACUGGCAAUAUUGGAUAUAUUGUACAAUGUCUAAAGUUCCGGAUUAUAUUUGUGUUAUUUGUUGAGUAGAAUCCUCUACACCAGUGUUACAUUGAAAUAUAAAUAAAUCUACGUUAAAUUAUAAAUGAAACUUCUUUCUUUUAAUACUAAAUUUUACAUUUGUGUUAUAAUAAAUGUUAUAUAAUGAUUUUAUAAAAAUUCCAGAUUUAAUGAUUAUUAGUAUUAAUGUAAUAAAAUAUGAUCAUUAAAUAA